CGCGCUCCCACAAUGCAGUGCGGCUGAUCGCCACUGAGCCCGCGGGGACGCUGCGGGGGGACCCGGGCUGAGGCGGCGGCGACGUGGGCUGCGGCGGGCCCGCGGCGUCGGGCGGUGCGGAUGUCGGGCUGGGCGGACGAGCGCGGCGGCGAGGGCGACGGGCGCAUCUACGUGGGGAACCUUCCGACCGACGUGCGCGAGAAGGACCUGGAGGACCUGUUCUACAAAUACGGCCGUAUCCGCGAGAUCGAGCUCAAGAACCAGCACGGCCUCGUGCCCUUCGCCUUCGUGCGCUUCGAGGACCCCCGAGAUGCUGAGGAUGCAAUUUAUGGAAGAAACGGUUACGAUUAUGGCCAGUGUCGUCUUCGUGUGGAAUUCCCCAGGACUUACGGAGGUCGGGGCGGGUGGCCCCGUGGUGGGAGAAAUGGACCUCCUACAAGAAGAUCUGAUUUCCGAGUUCUUGUUUCAGGACUUCCUCCCUCAGGCAGCUGGCAGGACCUGAAGGAUCACAUGCGAGAAGCUGGGGAUGUCUGUUAUGCAGAUGUGCAGAAGGAUGGAAUGGGGAUGGUUGAGUAUCUCAGAAAAGAAGACAUGGAAUAUGCCCUGCGUAAACUGGAUGACACCAAAUUUCGCUCUCAUGAGGGUGAAACUUCCUACAUCCGAGUUUAUCCUGAGAGAAGCACCAGCUAUGGCUACUCGCGGUCUCGGUCUGGGUCAAGGGGCCGCGACUCUCCAUACCAAAGCAGGGGUUCCCCACACUAUUUCUCUCCUUUCAGGCCCUACUGAGACAGGAAAAAGAAACUACAUAAUUUCUACCAGGGCCAUGUUAGCAGUGAAACAUUAAACUGCAGAAAUUGUGGUUUUGGUUCAGAAGCAAGUUGUAUAUUUUUCACCCCUGAUUAUGGGAAAAAGGAAACCGUGCUGUAUCUUUGUAGAUUGUUCUGCUAUGGAGAUCAGCAGCUACCAUGACCGAGUCGGCCCAUUCUGUUUAGAAAUAUAUUUUAAACGUUUAGUAAUCGA